GUAUUGGGAGUGCUCAGCCAGGAAGGUAUCGUGCGUUUCAUUAACAUUCACACAUGCAAACUUGUGUUUGAUAUUGGAAGCCAUGAGGACGGCAUUACCACAUUGUGUGUGAGCCCAAAUGGCCGCUACAUAUCAAGCGUCAUGGAGAAUGGAAGCCUGAAUAUAUAUAAUGUCCAAGCACUAACCAAGGAAAUCAACAAGCCACCACCGCCCCUAGUUAAAGUAGUUGAUCUGACUAAAGACAAAGACUCAACUGCUAACAAGUCAGGAGUUAGUGCUGAGAAGAUCAAAGUGUCAUCGGGAAGGACAUGUAGACCCUGGAAAUCGAAAGAAGAAAAAAUCCAGACCAGAGUUUUGAGACCAGAUGGAAACAUCACAUCUGAAAAUAAAGAAAAUGAAUUGCCAAGUGGACUAAAUAAAAAACGCCUCCAGGGUUUACUGAAAGGAUUUGGGGAAUACCCUACAAAAUACAGAAUGUUUGUUUGGCGAUCUCUGCUUCAGUUACCCGAGAACCACUCGGCCUUCAGUAGCUUAACAGACAAGGGAACACAUUCCCAAUACCUGCUGCUUCAUCAAGAAUAUCCCAUCAAAAGCAGGAAGCUUUUGCGAGUCCUUCAGCGGACUCUCUCUGCUUUGGCCCACUGGUCAGCAAUAUUUGGAGAAACACGAUACCUUCCUCUACUUGCGUUUCCAUUUGUUAAAUUGUUUCAAAACAAUCAACUCAUUUGCUUUGAAGUUGUUGCCACAGUGAUAACAAAUUGGUGCCAACAUUGGUUCGAGUAUUUCCCAAACCCUCCAAUUAACAUUCUGGGAAUGAUUGAGAAUGUCCUGGCGCAUCAUGACAAAGAACUUCUCCAACACCUUGUAAAUUAUGGUGUGACAUCCCAGGUUUAUGCGUGGCCUCUGCUGGAGACCCUUUUCUCUGAGGUAUUAACACGAGAAGAAUGGCUAAAGUUGUUUGAUAAUGUUUUUUCCAACCAUCCCUCCUUCCUUUUACUGACCGUCGCUGCAUACAUUAUAUCUUCUCGCUCCCCCUUGCUGCACUGUAACCAAAAAGAUGAUUUUGAGUACUUUUUCCAUCACCGGAAUAAUCUGAAUAUCAGUAAUAUGAUUAAAGAAGCCUAUCAUCUUAUGGAUACCACCCCACCUGAAUUCCACCCUCAACGCUUGCUGGGUGAUUUCGUGCCUCUUACAAAAGGGCAAUAUCCUAUAUUCAACAAAUACCCCAAAUUUAUUGUGGACUAUCAGAGUCAGGAGAGAGAGAGAAUCCGACAGGAAGAAAUAGAGUAUCUGCGUGAGAGGCAGAUAACUCAUGAAAUAGAAGCUGAAGCAUUAAAACGCAAAGCAGAAGACGAAGCGUGGUACCAACAGCAGGAUCUUCUACAAGGUGCGGAGGAGCAGAGGAGGAAACUUCUACUGGAAGAGGAGCAGAAAUUAGUGCAUCAGAGACAAAGACUUGCCGCUGUUAAAAGGGAACUCAGGAUAAAGGAGCUCCAACUUCUAGACGCAGCAAGAAGGCGCUUUUUAAAGCAUCAACAAGAUCAGCGCAAAAUGGAUCUCAAACGUCUUGAUGACGAAAUAGAAAGAAAG